AUGAUGCAGACUAUUGCGGAGUCUGGAGCAGGCAUGACCGGUGCCUCGUCUAUCCAUAUGAACAUCUUUGGCCUUGAGCCAGUUGCCAGGUUUGGAACCGAGGAGCAGAAAGAACGCUGGCUCACUCCGCUCAUUGCUGGUCGCCACAAGGCCUGCUUUGGAGUCACUGAGCCCAACACCGGCUUAGAUACCCUGCAAUUGCAGGCAACAGCACGUCGGUCGGGUGAUGGCUACGUGCUGUCGGGACAAAAGGUCUGGAUUUCCACUGCACAGCGGGCUGACAAGAUACUCAUUCUCGUACGCACGACACCACGCGACCGAGUGAAAAGGCCAUCACAGGGCCUGUCACUUCUCUACACAGAUCUACAAGUUCCUCAGGUCCAAAUUACUGAAAUUCCAAAGAUGGGCCGGGCUGCCGUUGACACAAAUUCCCUUUUCUUUGAUAACUGGCAUGUCUCAAUGGACGACCGUGUGGGAGAAGAAAACGAAGGGUUUCGAAUGAUUCUUCAUGGGAUGGAUGCGGAAAGGAUUUUGAUCGGUGCAGAGGCUCUCGGGCUGGGGCUUGCUGCCUUGCGUCGCGCGGCCUUGUAUUCCAAUGACCGGCAUGUAUUUGGGCAUCCGAUCGGUCAGAAUCAGGGAAUCCAGCAUCCCUUGGCAGGCAGCUGGAUGAAACUGGAGGCGGCGCGUAUGAUGAUCUACCGGGCUGCUCGGCUUUACGACCAGGGCUACACCGGUGGGGAGUAUGCCAAUGCUGGAAAAUACCUGGCUGCAGAGGCAGCCUUUGAGGCUUGUGAGCGAGUCAUACUAACACAUGGCGGGAUGGGAUAUGCGACAGAAUAUCAUGUUGAGCGAUAUCUUCGAGAAGUGUUCAUUCCUCGCAUUGCACCUGUUAGUAGGGAAAUGAUUCUGAACUACAUAGGGGAACGGGUGCUUGGUCUCCCAAAGUCAUACUAA